AUGCCUUCAUUUUCUAGAGGUGCAGAUCGAAAAGAAAGAAAUAAUCUGGUACGCAGAAAUUUAAAAAAAGAAGCCAAGCAUCCUUUUGUCAUUUAUGCAGAUUUUGAAUGCAUAUCAGAGGCAACUGAUAGUCCCGUUAGAGUCAGGAAACAUGUGCCUACAAGUUUUGGUUAUUGUGUCGUCGACUGGAAAAAAACUAUCAUUAGAAGUGACUUUGGUCAUGGUGAGAAUGUGGUUGCGGAAUUUUAUAAAAGUCUAAUAAAAACCGAAGAAUGGCUGAAAUGUUACUUGAAAGUUCACGGUCAGAAGAUGCUCAAGAUGAAUUCUGCAAUAGAAUUUGAUUUUGAGAAUGCCAAAGAAUGUUGGAUUUGCAGAAAAGAGCUAUUGAAUGAUCGAGUUAAAGAUCACUGCCAUUUGACUGGAAAAUAUAGAGGAGCUGCCCACAACGAAUGCAAUUUGUUUUACAAUCAACCCAAGAGAAUACCAGUACUAUUCCAUAAUCUAAAGAAUUAUGAUGGUCAUUUGUUGAUAGAAGGUAUAAAUGCAAAGAUAUUCAAUACUGAAAUCAAUUUGAUCGCUCAAACUAUGGAGAAAUAUAUUGGAUGGUUUUCUGGUAAUUUUGCCUUUCUUGACUCUUUUGCCUUCCUGCCUGCGAGUUUAAAUACAUUGUCAAAUGACUUAAGUCAGGAAGAAAAGUAUGAUAUGUUACGUCAGCAUUGGAAAAUAGAGGAUUUGAGUGAUUUAUGCGGUAAAGCUGCUCUUCCCUAUGAGUAUCUGGACUCAUAUGAAAAGUAUGACGAAGAAAAACUACCGCCGAUAGAAUGUUUUUACUCAUCACUUACAGAUUCAAAUAUAACUGAUGAAAUGUAUCAUCGACUUGAAAGAAUCUGGAAACAGUUUGACUGUCGAACAAUGAAAGACCUGAUAGAUAUUUAUCUUAAACUUGAUGUUUACAUGCUUGCUGCUGUAUUUGAAAACUUCAGAGAAACAAGUAUCAAGGAUUUCGGCAUUGAUCCACCACAUUACAUGUCAGUCCCUGGACUAUCUAUCAACUCAGCGGUGAAAAUGUUAGGCAUUGAUCUUGAGCUUUUCAUUGAGAUAGACAUGUAUUUGAUGAUAGAGAAUGGAAUACGUGGAGGAUUUACAACUACAGUGAAAAGACAUGCAGUAGCUGAAAACUCUGAAACCUCAGCAAACAUCUCACCAGAACAAGAAACUUGGCUUCUUUAUUUGGAUGUCAAUAAUCUUUAUGGUCAUGCGAUGAUGCAAAUGUUGCCUAUUGGUGAUUAUAAUUGGGUUCGUAAAAUAAAUUUUGAAAAUAUUAUGGCAACAUCUGAUGAAGCUGAUAAAGGUUAUAUUCUAGAAGUAGACCUAGAAUACCCGAAAGAGCUUCAUGACAGCCAUAAUGAUUUUCCUCUGGCGCCUCAUAAAAUGGUUAUUUCUCAUGAUAUGUUAAGCCCAUUUGCGAAGAAUCUCCUUGACAAGAUGGACUAUAAACAUAUUCCCACUGAAAAAUUGGUUGCAAGCUUCUUCGAUCGCAAGAAUUAUGUUGUUCACUACCGUGUACUGAAAUACUACAUUGCCAUGGGCCUAAAAGUUACCCACGUACAUCGAGCAAUCUCAUUCAGGCAAAAGAGCUGGUUGAAACCUUAUAUCGAAUUCUGUACCAAAAAGCGACAACAAGCAUCUUCACCUUUCAUUUCAUCGCUAUACAAACUUUUUGUGAAUAGCAACUACGGUAAAUUGAUGGAAGAUAAAAGAAAAAGGGUGAAGGUUGACCUAGUAAUGAAGGAUGCAAUGGCCGCUCGUCGAGUUAGAGACAACUUUUGCAAAUCAAUGAAAAUUUUGGAUGAAGAAAAGAUACUAUUCCAAAUGACACCUGACACUGUUUUACUUGACAAACCAAUAGUAGUUGGUUUCACAGUUCUUGAAUUGGCAAAAUUGCAUGUUUACAAUUUGUAUUAUGGAGUGCUUAAAGCUCAUUAUCAAGAAAACCUACAACUUAUUUACUCUGAUACGGAUUCUUUGCUGAUUGAAAUCAAGUCAAACAGCCUUAAUCAAGACAUGGCCAAGUUUUCAAAUAUAAUGGAUUUCAGCGACCUGCCUAAGGAUCAUCCUCUCUAUUCAGAGCAUAAUAAGAAGAAAAUUGGCUGUUUAAAAGAUGAAAUGAGUGGUGAAGUGAUUGAUGAAGUGAUUGCGAUAAGACCAAAGCUCUAUGCAAUUAAAACUACAAAAGGUCAAGUGAAGAAGAAGGCUAAAGGAGUUCAACAGGUCGUGCUAAAAAAUAAACUAACGUUUGAGGAUUACCGCACUUCACUAUUCAAUAAUGGAGUAAUAAAAGCUAAGACACGUCGUCUUGGUUCUGAAUCACACACAAUUUACCAAUAUGUUAAUGAAAAAAUAGCUCUGUCUCCUUUUGAAGAUAAGCGGUAUUUGCUUGAUUCUGUAAAUUCAUUAGCAUAUGGUCAUUACAAGAUUGAAUAA